AUGGAUUCCAGAUGCAUGAACUUGUCAGCGCUGGGAAGACCUCUGUAUCCAGGCAUGCUGUAUGACUGCCGCACAGACUCCUUUAUUCCAGGUGUUACUUUAUGGGACAAGAAAGCAUUGCAUGAUCUUGAUGUUCAUGACCAGACUAAAACAUUUGUCAAGCUUGCUGCAUCUGACAGUCUCAGUGAUAAGGCCAACCUCCUUGAUGUCAGUGCUUCACUCAAAGCAAGUUUGUUUUGUGGGUUGGUGGAGGUUGGAGGAUCAGCCAAAUUUAUGCAUGAUACCAAAUCCUCAGCACGUCAGUGCAGAGUAACUAUGCAGUACAGCCAGACAACAAAAUUUGAACAACUUACUAUGAAGGAGCUUGGCAAUAUCACCUAUCCACAAGUAUUUGACCAGAAAACAGCCACUCAUGUAGUUACAGCUGUACUUUAUGGAGCUCAGGCUUUUAUGGUGUUUGAUUAUGCAAGUACAGAACAUGAGAGCAAACAGGAUAUUGAAGGACACCUUCAUGCAGUGGUCAAGAAGAUCCCUACAAUUUCCAUAGAGGGGGAAGCAUCACUAAAGAUGACUGAAGGGGAAAAGAUUCUGGCUGAGAACAUAAGUGUCACAUUUUACGGUGACUAUAAACUCAACAAAAAUCCCACCACAUACAUGGAAGCCCUAGAAGUGUACAAAACAUUGCCAAAUCUAAUGGAGGAAGGAAAGAAUGAUGGUGUACCACUGACUGUGUGGCUGUAUCCUCUUACACUUUUAGAUGAUAAGGCUGCCAAAUUGGUAAGAGAAAUCAACUUUAGCCUGGUAGAAAAAACUGAAAAACUGCUGGAGGAGCUAGAAGAAGUAGACAGACAGUGCAAUGAUUUAAACCAAAAUCAAACAAUAGACAAAUUUCCUGAUGUUAAAGUCAGAUUGGUACAGUUCCAGCACUUGCACAGUAAUUAUAAGAUAGCAUUCCAGAAUGCACUGUCGAGAAUUUUGCCAGCUAUUCGGAGUGGGGCAAAAGAGGACAAGUCAGUGGAGGACAUCCUGAACACCCAUGACAAAUCACCCUUCACCGCUAACAACAUGAAUAGAUGGUUAGAUGAUAUGACCACUGAAUUAAAUAUAUUGAGUUUAUAUACCAGAAGACUGAAGGACCUGCCGGUUAUGAAAUCUCCAGGGUCACUCAAGUCCAUCCUCUUGGAUCCUGAUGUUGAUGUGGUGGUAUGCUUGUCUUUUACAUCUCUCAAGUAUAAAGACUCCUAUCUAGUGGUUACUAAAGACUUCAUUUACUCUGAAGAGUUUAAAAACUUUGAGAAAACAAGUGUGAAAGAUUUCUGUUUUCAAGAAACACAGCCUUGGUUCACUUCUCCUGACAUCGCUGAGAAAAUGAGACAGAAUCUGUUUCUCUUUACAAGUUUUUUAAAGGCCAAUACAAAUGAUAAUAGAAUGAAGUUCAUCAUUGGUCCUAUCUCUGACCCCAGCAAUCCAGGAACCUCCAUCCAACUUUAUCAAAAGGGCCAUCUGGUGUAUCGUAAGUUCCAGCCUGUAUCCAAACCUCCCCUACCCAUGGUGGAGACCAGUAAUGAGAAAGUCAUUCUAAAGUUUUCAAAAUCACCAACUGGAGAGACGGUACGAUUCAGAGUUGAAUACAGGAUGACACACCCAACUGAUUCAGCAGCUCAUGUUGAUAAGUGGACAGUCACAGACACGUCAGAUGCCCGGACAAUUUUUACAUUGACUCAAAUAAAGGAAGCUGGACAAUACUGUGUCCAAUACAGAGCUGUUAGUGAUGUGGGAGUGAGUGAAGCCAGUGACUCUGUUGCCUUUACUUUUCAUGGAAAUCCUGAUGUGGAAGUGAGUGACGCCAAUGACAGUUUCACAGUCGGCCAGUGGAACUUCUCUAUGCCGUCCCUCCUUAAUGAGCUACGGACUAAAAUAAUGACCAGUAUGGCCAUGUCACGAUGGUCUCUCUCUACCAUCAAGUCAGAGUUAACAACUGUUGUCAACAGUCCUACCGCUCCUUAUAUUUACACAAUUCCUGGAGGGCUGAGAGCAGGAGUGGCUUUGUACUUCCAAGGGGUUAUUUUGGCAACAGGACAAAGGAUUAUAUUUGAUGUUCUAACAAGUAAGGAUGACAUCGCUUUUCACUUCAGGAUUGACAUUGAUAAAUGGGCUAUCUGUAACAGCUGCAGAAAUGGGAACUGGGAGAAAGAAGAAAUGAUUUUAGUGGGUAAAUUUUCCAGAGGAUCAGCUUUUGACAUCUUUAUUGUGAACAAAACAGAAGGCUAUGAGGUCUAUGUAAAUGGGCAGAGGUCUUCACUGUUCAAGCAUCGCAUUCCAGUGGAGUGUGUGAAUGUAUUUUACAUUCAUGGAGAUGUCAUGAUGAACACUGUUGGUAUUGUACCAAACUGGAGCACAUCUAUCUUUGGUAAGGAAUUAACCUCUGAUGCAUCUCGCACAAAGAUUUCUAACAUCCAGUUUGAUGUCCCAAAAGCAGUCUGCAACCCUAGCAAACCAUAUUUGGAACCAAUCUGUGGAGGCUUGAGACCUGGUAUGGCUUUGUUCUUCCAAGGAGUUGUUCCUUCAGAUGGUGAACGAUUUCAAAUUAAUUUAAAGACCGGGUUGUCCGACAAUCAGGACAAUGCUUUCCACUUCAACCCCCGUAUGAAUGCUGUCGUCCUUAACAGCUACAGGAAUGGGGGAUACGAAAAAGAAGAGACUCACAGAUGCCCAUUUGUCAAAGGAGGAGCCUUUGAUAUCAUUAUGGUUAUUAAACCAGAAUGCUAUGAGGUGACAGUGAAUGGCCUGGAAUUCUGCAAGUUUGAUCACCGUAUACCAGUAGACAAAGUGACUACACUUGGCAUCAAGGGAGACGUCUUCAUAAAUGUGGUUCGCAUUAUUAUAGUAAGUUACUUGUGUUGUUUUAUCAUGAAGUACUUGAAGUAA